AUGGAUGUCGCAGACCGGCGGAGCAGCAGCAAGCCCCCAAGCGACGGUUUGCCGUGCAAACACGCGAUUAUCGACGGCGAAGAAGCCGUGAUUGGCCCUCGCACAGCUGGGAACGGGGAUAUUCUGUGCGUCUUCGGAGUGUAUAAGACGGGCACCAUGCGGGCAAAGGCGGACGCCAUAUCCGGCAAGGGUCGGCGGUCUGCCCGAAGACGGAAGACGGUCGGCGACUGUAGUAUUACCUUCGUGAUAUUUUGUCUUGUUGGACAAGGAUCUGCAGCGCUACAGCCACAGGCUAGGCCCGGCUUGGCAGCAGUUGGCAGCCCUCUCGGCACGACAUUGCCGGUUCUUGGCCUUGGCAACUGGCCUCUGGUCCAGCAGCUGCAACUGCGCACGGCACCGGCACCUCAGCCAAUCAGGGGCCGAAGAAAGCCUCCCCGCUGCCGCCUGGCUUUUGUUAGCGCUUCCGCUUGA